AUGGUGGAGUUGGAGACCCAGGACAGAGUGGAUAGCGAUCCCCGACCGGAGGAGAAGGACAGAGACAGGGCCCUGGCCAGAGGAGGACAGAUACUUACAAGCACUUGUCAGGAUCUCGCACAAAACGGCCAACUUCACGCCCGUGACCGAAUUCCUGCCGCUGGGUUUCUCGGAGGUCCGGGAGCUGCGGCCGGUCCAGGCCGCGCCGUUCCUCCCGGUCUACCCGGCGGCCCCGCCGGGGAACCUCCUCGUCGUCGCCGUCCCCGUCCUCGACCGCCGCCUCCACACGCCCAGGUACUUCUUCCUCGGCAACCUGUCCGUCCUCGACCUCUGCCUCGUCUCCGUCACCCUGCCCAACUCCGUCGUCGACUCCCUGACCGACCGGAGAUCCAUCUCCCUCCUGGGCUGUGUCACGCAAGUCCUCUUGUUGAUUUUCUUUGGAUCGGCGGAGUCGGCCUUCCUCACGACCGUGUCCUACGACCGCUACGUGGCCAUCUGCCUCCCCCUGCGCUACGAGGUCCUCACGAGCCGGGGGGCCUGCGGGAAGACGGCGGGGGCCUCUCCGGCCUCCCGCACCCGGCCGCCGCCUUCUCCGGGCCCUCCUGCGGGUCCAACGCGAUCCGCCAGUUCUUCCGCGACAUCCCCCAGAAGCUCUCCGGCUCCAACGCGGACCUUGGGGAGGUCGGCGUCACGACCUUCACGGCAAGCCUCUCCACGGUGUGUUUCGCUUCCACGACGGUCUCCUACGUCGGCGUCUUCGGGGCCGUGCUGAGGACGCGAUCGGCCGAGGGCCGGGCCAAAGCCUUCUCCACCUGCCUGCCCCGCCUGGCCGUCGUGACUUUUUUUAUAUCCACCUCGGGAUUCGCCUAUCUGAAGCCUCCCUCGGACUCCCCCUCGACGCUGGACCUCCUGGUGUCCGCGUUCUACUCCGCGGUGCCCCCGACCUCGAACCCCCUCAUCUACAGCCUGAGGAACGGGGACGUGAAGGCCGCCAUCUGGAAGACUCUGAGCGGGAGAUCAUCUGACUAGGAUCAUUUUUCUUCCGCGUGGCAUUUGCCGAGGACCGAAUUAGGCUCCGGGCUUGGCGUGAGCUAAUCAGCUUGGACACGGUCCACGUCCCACGUGGGACGGCCUUAAUUCCCACUUGACAGAGAAGGGCACCGGGGUACGGAGAGGUGAAGCAACUUGCCCAAGGUCACACAGCAGACAGGUCCUCUGAC